AUGUAUAGCAUGAUGAUGGAGGCGGACAUGCACUCGCCCGGUGGAGCCCAGGUCACCACCAACCUGUCGGGCCAAACCGGUGCGGGAGGAGGAGGAGGCGGCGGCGGCGGCGGCGGCGGCGGCCCCAAGGCCAACCAAGACCGAGUCAAGAGGCCCAUGAACGCCUUCAUGGUUUGGUCGCGGGGCCAGCGGCGGAAGAUGGCCCAAGAGAACCCCAAGAUGCACAACUCCGAGAUCUCCAAGCGCCUGGGCGCUGAGUGGAAAGUCAUGUCCGAAGCGGAGAAGAGACCCUUCAUCGACGAGGCCAAGCGCCUGCGGGCGCUGCACAUGAAGGAGCACCCGGAUUAUAAAUACCGGCCGAGGAGAAAGACCAAGACUUUGCUAAAGAAAGACAAAUAUUCGCUGGCCGGAGGGCUGCUCGGCGCCGGUGGUCCCGGGGGCGGCCCUCCGGUAGCUAUGGGCGUAGGAGUGAGCCCCGCCGGCGUCCAACGCUUGGAAAGUCCCGGCGGAGGUGGCCCCGGGGGUGGCGGGAGCGCCGGCGGAGGUGGCGGAGGCUCAGGCGGUGGCUAUCCUCACAUGAACGGCUGGGCUAACGGCGCCUACCCGGGCUCGGUGGCGGCGGCGGCGGCGGCGGCGGCGAUGAUGCAAGAGGCACAGCUCGCUUACAGCCAGCACCCAGGCAGCGGUGGACACCCGCACGCCCACGCUCACCACCCGCACCCGCACAACCCCCAGCCAAUGCACCGCUACGAUAUGGGCGCCCUCCAGUACAGCCCCAUCUCCAACUCGCAGGGCUACAUGAGCGCCUCGCCGUCGGCCUACGGCGGCAUCUCCUACGGCGCCCAGCCACAUCAGAACUCGGCCGCUGCGGCCGCCGCCGCUGCGGCCGCCGCUGCCGCCGCCGCCUCGUCAGGAGCACUGGGCGCGCUGGGGUCCUUGGUCAAAUCCGAGCCCAGCGUCAGCCCACCCGUCACCUCAGCGCACUCGCGGGCCCCUUGUCCCGGGGAUCUACGCGAAAUGAUCAGUAUGUACUUGCCCGGCAGCGAAGGCGGGGACCCAGCGGCCGCCGCCGCCGCCGCCGCCGCCGCGGCCGCUGCCCAAAGCCGGCUCCACUCUUUACCCCAGCACUAUCAGGGCACCAGCACAGGGGUGAACGGCACCGUGCCCUUGACGCACAUCUGA